GUGGAUAUGUAACAAAUGAAUUUUUCAAUUUUGGUUCGUCUUCUUAGAUGUCAAAUAGCCAUAACCAUGAAUGGGGUGGGAUAAAAAUAUGAAAUAUCCAUAAUACUCCUAUUCAGUGAGUCGGCCUCAUACAGGCACCUCAUGUGGUCGGAAUCAGUUUAUUCAUCGAACCAUUCAGAUUUCCCAGAGUAUCACUCUACCCUCCAUCUAGAGAGCUCUUGAUGGUGCAUUAGACAUUCCAUUGGAACAGGCAUUUAAUAGGAGUGUGCGACAGUGCGAGUGUUAAAGAGGCGCCAAGCAGAGACUUCAUACACUUUCAACUGUACAUUGAUUCAAAUCCUUUAUUAGGGGUAUUUUCUUUUUCAGUUGCAGUUCACAGAUAUUGUAAUGUAUUAUAGACGAUUGUCUUGUAAUGUAUGAAGUCUUGUUGGAUUGUUUUAUCAGAAUAGUUUCAGCAUGACGGGCAGCAUAUAUUGUCAUAUCACGACUCACUCUGUGCUUCCCACUCCUGAUUGUAAAUAACUCCAUAUGUCUUGCAAGACUGCGUGCUGCUGCUGUGCGCUGGGCAUGAACGAGGACAACGCCCGCUUCGGCCUGCUGGCGGCGCUCAUCCUGGGCUACCUGCUGUGUGGCGCCGCCAUCUUCUCUGCGCUGGAGCGCCCGUCCGAGCUGCGGGCACAGCGGCGCUGGCAGGAGACGCUGCACAACUUCACGCGGCAGCACGCCGUCGCCCCGGACGCCCUGACCACCCUGCUGCGCCACUACGAGCGCGCCAACGCCGCCGGCAUCAGAGUGGACGCCCUGCGCCCGCGAUGGGACUUCUCCGGGGCCUUCUACUUCGUGGGCACCGUGGUGUCCACUAUCGGUUUCGGGAUGACGACGCCGGCCACCAUGGCGGGGAAGAUCUUCCUGAUGUUCUACGGGCUGCUGGGCUGCGCGGCCACCAUCUUGUUCUUCAACCUGUUCCUGGAGCGCAUCAUCACCAUGCUGGCGUACGUCAUGCGCUGGUGCCACGAGCGGCAGCUGGGCGGGGAGGAGCGGCGUAGCCGUGACGACAGCCUGGAGGGCUGGAAGCCGUCGGUGUACUACGUGAUGCUGAUCCUGGGCGCGGCGGCGCUGCUGGUGGCCUGCGGGGCGUCGGCGCUGUACGCCGGGGCGGAGGGGUGGGGCUACACAGACGCGCUCUACUUCUGCUUCGUGGCCUUCAGCACCAUCGGCUUCGGCGACCUCGUCAGCAGCCAGCGGCAGCACUACCCGGCGCAGGACGCCUAUCGCCUCGGCAACGGCCUCCUCAUCCUCAUGGGCGUGUGCUGCAUCUACUCGCUCUUCAACGUGCUGUCCAUCGUCAUCAAGCAGACGCUCAACUGGAUCCUGGCCAGGCUGGCGUGCGGGCGGAAGGCCUCGUGCCCGUGUCAUCGCGGCCACGGCAGGUCCAGGGCGCUCAAGCGCAACGCGGUCCAGCCGGCCACUCCCACCAGGCAGCGCGGCAACGCCUCCGUGGAGACGGUGUGCGACAGCGAGACGGACGGCGGCCUGGGGCCCGAGGCUGGACACGCGGCCGGACGCCGGCUCUCCGGAGAGAUGAUCUCCGUCAACGACUUCAUGGCGUCCAACAAGGUGUCGCUGGCCAUCCUGCAGAAGCAGCUGUGUGAGACGGCCCACGGGAACCCGCGCCAGAGCCACAGCCAGAGCCAGAGCCUCAGUCUCGCACGCCACAACGGCUUCUCCGGCGGCGUCGGGGCCUUCGCCAUCAUGAACAACCGCCUGCAGGAGACCAGCGUGGACAGGUGA